UUUCUAUGUACGUACAAUUUAAGCGUCUCUCCUACACCUGUCUACUCACCUGAAGAGUAUCAGUUCUGAAAUCAGCCGCCACACCGCAUGUCAAAUGUUUAGAUAACAACAUCACGUGGUGAAGGUCUGAAUCAUAGACUUGAAUUGAUAGAGCGGCCAUUUCCAUUCAUAUCCACAUUUAAUAAAUGGCCAGGUCAGCAGCCGCUCCCUUCUAAAAUUACUGCUAUAAACUGUCUGGCACUGUCGUCAUGGAAAUCAUUGUUGAUAUGGUGACAGCCUUAUCUGAGUAUAUGGAGGCCAUGUAAGGAAUUUCGUUUCUAUCAGGUCCAGCUCUGUGCUCUGAAUCCUCUGCAGUCUGCAUCAGCAAAGUGUCUUGGCAUCACUUCUCGUCCUUCCUUCGUUGUCUUUUUCCGGCGUCAUGUGAAAGGGGCUCACGGUGGUCUCUCUCGCCCUAGACCCGGACCCUCCUCCGUCGAGCUCAUUCCUCGGUGCUGACGUCCUCGUUCGGGUAGACCUGGUGGGGUAGUGUCCCUGUCCCCGCUGUCCCCGGUUUAUACUGCAUCCUUCGGCUUGCGGCGGAGCGGAGGAUGAGCGAGCAAGGGAAGGGCUCGGCAUCUGCCUCUGCCGCGGCCCCGGCACCAGGAUCGGAUACUUACAAAGGCUGGCUUUUUAAAUGGACCAACUAUUUGAAAGGGUACCAGCGGCGAUGGUUUGUCCUCAGCAAUGGCCUGCUUUCAUAUUACAGGACGCAGGCAGAGAUGGCCCAUACAUGUCGUGGAACAAUCAACUUGGCCACGGCACACAUCGAUACAGAGGAUGCCUGCAAUAUUGUCCUGAGCAGUGGCGGCCGCACUUACCACCUGAAGGCUAGCACAGAAGUUGAGCGGCAGAGAUGGGUCACAGCACUAGAGUUGGCCAAAGCUAAAGCCAUCCGCAUGAUGAACGAUCAGUCUGAUGACUCGGGGGACGAGGAGCCUACAUCCCAGUCGGACCGCAGUGAGAUUCAGGGCACCCUGAAGAUACUUGUCAGCAAGCUCGAUGACCUCAGCACAUGUAAUGACCUGAUCGCCAAGCAUGGGGCGGCCCUGCAGCGUUCCCUAAGUGAACUCGAGGGUCUGAAAGUCCCUGUGGAGGGAGGGGAGAAGAUCAAGGCAGUCAAUGAGCGAGCCACCCUCUUUCGCAUCACUUCCAAUGCUAUGAUCAAUGCGUGUCGAGACUUCUUGGACCUAGCAGAGACUCACAGUAGGAGAUGGCAGCGGGCGCUGCAGUAUGAGCGAGAGCAGCGUACCCACCUAGAGGAGACCAUUGAGCAGCUAGCCAAGCAGCAUAACAGCCUGGAGCGAGCGUGGAGAGAAGCACCCACGCUUGCUUCCACCACACCCAGUGCCCCUACCACCAACAAGGGGAGUGAGAGGCUGCGCAAAGAAGAGGCAAGUGAUGAAGAUGAGGAUACUGAGUACUUUGAUGCCAUGGAGGAUUCCCCUGCAUUUAUCACAGUGACUGCCACUGACAACACACAGCACAGGCGAUCUCAGAGUAAUCUGAGCGGCGCGAGCGGAGGUCAGCUCAAUGACUGGAACCAGGACGACCAUAUAUCUACAAGCUGUAAUGAUGUGUCAGGGAAGGAGCUGCAGCCCCGCAGACAGAGGCGGACUCAUGUCCCAGACAAGCCCAACUACUCCCUCAAUUUGUGGAGCAUCAUGAAGAACUGCAUUGGCAAGGAGCUGUCCAAAAUUCCCAUGCCUGUAAACUUCAACGAACCUCUGUCGAUGCUGCAGCGUCUCACAGAGGACCUGGAGUAUCACGAGCUUCUGGACAAGGCGGCGCGCUGCGACUCCUCCCUGGAGCAGAUGUGCCUGGUCGCUGCCUUCUCCGUCUCGUCCUACUCCACCACAGUCCACCGGACAGCCAAGCCCUUCAACCCCCUCCUGGGUGAGACCUACGAGCUUGAUCGCAUGGAGGAGUUUGGCUACCGUUCGCUGUGUGAGCAGGUGAGCCAUCACCCCCCUGCAGCUGCACAUCAUGUGAUUUCCCAACGAGGCUGGACCCUGUGGCAGGAAAUCACCAUUGCCAGCAAGUUCCGUGGCAAAUACCUCUCCAUAAUGCCUCUGGGUGCCAUUCACCUGCAUUUCCACUCCAGCGGGAACCACUAUGUAUGGAGAAAGGUCACCUCCACAGUGCACAACAUCAUUGUGGGCAAGCUGUGGAUUGACCAGUCGGGGGACAUUGAGAUUGUGAAUCACAGGACCAAGGAGACCUGCCAACUCAAGUUUUCUCCCUACAGUUAUUUUUCCAGGGACGUUCCACGGAAGGUGACAGGUGUGGUGGCAGACAGUGGGGGCCAGGCUCACUACAUCCUCUCUGGUACGUGGGAUGAUAAAAUGGAGAGUGCCAAGAUCAUUCAGAGCAGCCGAGGGGGCAGUGGAUUGGAGGGCAAGCAGAAGACCGUCUAUCAGACGUUGUCCCCCAAACUGCUGUGGAAGAAAUACCCUCUCCCGGAGAACGCUGAGAACAUGUACUACUUCUCAGCGCUGGCACUGACCCUGAAUGAGCAGGAGGAAGGAGUGGGACUGACCGACAGCCGUCUGAGACCAGACCAGAGGCUGAUGGAGGAAGGGCGAUGGGAUGAGGCAAACUCAGAAAAACAGAGGCUAGAGGAGAAACAAAGAGCCGUGAGGAGGAGGAGGGAAGCGGAGGCCUCAGACGCUCUGGAUGACGAGUGUGAUUAUGACUCUGGUAGAGAAUACGAAGGUUACCAGCCGUUGUGGUUUUACCAGAGGAGGGACUCAGUCACUGGAGAGACAAACUUUGUGUACAAGGGAGGUUACUGGGAGGCGAAGGAGAGACAGGACUGGAGCAUGUGUCCUGACAUCUUCUAACCCAGGAACUCACCCCGGAUCACUCCUAACCUCAUCGGACAGGGAACUGCUCUGCCUCUGGUCCUUAAGCAAUGGGGCGUAGCUGGCUUAUGAGCACCAUGUGGACCUUUGUGAGCACGAGAAUGUGUACAUUUCACACACUCUCGGAUUACACUGUACCUCCAAAUGUGCACUCUCAUUCUGUUUUUACUAUGGGGGAAAAGAAGGGGCGUUCCCUGAGUACUCCUCUUUGACACUAAUGAUGUGUGGAUGUGAGGUGGUGUUGGAGUUUUAACACUGCACAAUAAAGGCACCUGCACGCUCCUGAAAUCAGGUGCACUUUUCUGUGUUCAUCCAUUUAAGAGUUCUACCAAUUGGAUAGAAGCCCAUAUCAAAGCAGCUCACGAUUAUAGACUGACAACUACAGGGAACAUGUCGGGCACAUGUAAACAGAACAGUGUUGAAGGUUACAAGAAAAGUGUCCUCAUCCUCCGUUUUAUUCAACACAUUUGAGAUGAUGCUAGACCUACUUUAUAAAUCUUAAAUUAGUUCCCCUUUUUCUUCACAGGAAUGACUUCAAGUGCUCAUUAUUUGCCCCUUUUUAAGAAAGAGGCUAAGGCCUGAAAAUGGUGUCUGGAAAUGUAUUGACACAAAGUGUUCAAAAUUAAUUCAAUUAAAAUAAAAUUUAAAUUGUAUAAAUAACUACAGACAAAAUAGGUAACAUAACCAUUCUAUUCUAUCAUCUAUUGUUAUUUAAUUUCAUAAUGCGUUUUUUUUUUUUUUUUUAUGACUGGCCUCAAUUUGAAUGAGCUGAAAGUGGCAUUAUGAAGUAAAAUUACAUUGUGAUGUAAUCCAAUACAUUUUUAAAACACGAACUGUCCUUUUUCCAAAGUGUGUAUUUCUUUCACAAUUUUAUGGUUAUAUUAUAUAUUUUGUCUGUACUUAUUAAUAUGAUUGUUUUCUGCAUACAUGUCUUAUUUACUUAUUUAAUUUAACACUUAACAGCUAAUUGAUUGGGCAAAUAAUCUCUUUCUUACACAGUAGAGGCUGGUUUAUCUCAACUGAUGAAGUAUGCACCAGUGCAGAAAUAUAUUUAUUUGGAGUGAAUGUUGGAGUUUCCCUCUAGAUACAUGAAAUUACAGUCUGUUAAGUAGUCAAUUAGACUAUAGUCCAUGUAGAGAUAAUAAUAUUCAUUUCAUAUUUUAAAUAUAAACUGCCUCUAUGCUUCAGUACAUUUUAGUCAACAUGCUUCAGACAUCUUCCAUUUGUGAUUAUGAUUAGUAAAAAUCUGCAGUAGUUAGUCCAUUAGUUGUAACACAUUAGUGCAAAUGUACAACAUUGAACAUCAAUAUCACUCUAAUAGGAAUUUCCAUCAAAGAAGUGAAUAAGCACUUUUCACUGUGGUUGACAAUAGGUUAGUACAUAUCUCUGUGUUGAUGUUACAUGUACUUUACCUUGUCCUCUGGUGCUCUCCCAUAGCAACACAUACCGUAUCCUUGGUGACCAUUUUCAGUGAUGACAUUCUCAGUGAUCACACAAAGCACCAAAUCACUGAGACACUCAGUAAUUACCACCCAGUACUUCCAGGAACAUGUUGGUUUCUGUAGUGUGCAUUGCACUAGCUCCACAGCCUCCAUCAGUCACUAGUUCGUAGCUCAGACGUUUCCAGUAGGACUAACUGUACAUGAGUCUGGAUCGGUGUCUCUGAGGAGUCCAGAGUGGCUUCAGCUGACAGGAGGUCAGAAGUUAUAGAAGCAGACAGGGCUGGUUCCUGUAGCACACCACUGUGUAGUCAGCCACACAGGACUCCCCCAGCUGCCGUUUCAGGCUCAACACAGCUCACAUGUGUAGUCCUUUCAAUCUGUGUUUGUGGACAUACUGAUCUGGGAUCAGCUCACGAAGGUACCCUCAGUCUUUUGCCUUUAAUUGACUGAACAAGGGAAAGAGUCCCCUGACCUGUGCACUACACAUCUCCGGAGAAAAAUGUUUUGAAAACCAGUUGGUAUUUUUUGUAAUUAUUGUUAGGAAUGUAGAAUUCAAGGCUGGAGGGAUUGUAUCUACCGUCUAGUCUAUUUGUGUGAAUAUUUUGUGAUAAACGAAUGAUAUUGUAAAAUGAAGAGUAAUUAUACUAAUCUGAAUAUUACGUUAUCUGUACAGCAUUGUUCAAAACUGAAAAAAAAUUGACUGACUUAGCCUGAAGGAUUUGCUGUAAUUUUAACUUUUAAUCCUGAUUGUUUCUGCAAAGAUGGAUGUUAACUCUGAUGCACCCUCAAUUUGGCUGCAGAUUUCUUGUUUUAUAUUUCCAAAAACUGUCUUAACACACUGAAAAUAUUUUUUUUUAUAGAUUCCUUGAUACUAGCACAUUAGUAACCGUGGUUCAGUGAUGAUUUCAUAGAUCAACAUAUCUGGCAGUUCCUCUGAUGCGCAGGCCAUAAAUAUGUAUAAAAUGCACUGGAAAAGAAAUACAUUCACAUAGAAUAUUCACAUAGAGUGAAGGAGAUUUUCAGCAUGAUAAAAUGAGCUGGUAAAAUGUAAAAUGUUUAUCUGUGAAUUCAUGAUUUGAUAAUGAAAUUAAUGAUAAUUGAUAUUUUUUUUGCACAAAAGAUGCUUCUUCUCAAAAAGGUUUUAAUGCAUUUUUGAUUUGUGGUUGUCAUGAGCACAGUUUGAUCAAUCACUCAAGCUCUUAAAUGCUUAAAGGAAUAAUUCAACAUUUUUUGGAAACACGCUUAUUUCAUUUUGCAAAAAGUUAGAUGAGAAGAUCAAUACCUCUCAUGUCUUUACAUUAAAUAUAAAGCAAGAGCCAGCAGCUGGUUAGCUUAAUUUAGCAUAAAGACUGGGAACAGAGGGAAACAGCUAGCCUGGCUUUGUCCAAAGGUAACAAAAACCGCCUACCAGGACCUUUAAAGUUAAUUAAUCAACACAUUAUAUCUUGGUUGUUUAAUCUUCAGGAAGUCACUGCUCCCGGCCUAGAAAUAGUCUCGCACAUAACACACCCUAAAAACCACAAGUUGUCGUUUUUACACUUUGGGUUUUGUGUAAAUUACACAAACAGGAUAUAACAUGUUAAUUAGUUUAGAUGUCAUGGUAGCUGGAAUUAUUUACCUUCAGGAAAAACCAGGCUAGCUGUUUUCGCCUGCUUCCAGUCUUUAUGCUAAGCUAAGAUAACCAGCUGCUGUGUUGAACAGACAGACAUGAGAGUGAUAUCAAUUUUGUUAUUUAACUUUUGGCAGACGGUGUAGUCCCUCAUAACUUUUGGCACACAAAAAGAAGCAAAUAAGUGUAUUUCCCAAUAUGUCAAACUAUUCCUUUAAUUUUUACUAAUUACUGCUUUGGUUCUCCUCUUGUCUAUGCUCUUCACACAGACUCACGUACAAAGAUACGAGCUAUUGAUAAAGGUUGUGUACACUUAAAAUCAUAUCAAAGGUGUCACGUAUAAGGAUGGACACUGUUGCAGCAAGAUAAUUUUUGCUAUCUUGAAAACUGGCAUUGUACACUUAAUUUUGUAUCAUGACAUCUACAAACAGAAAGUUAAUCUAGUCAGGUUACAAGAGAUUUACUUUAAUAUAUUGUUUUUGAGAUGAUUUUAUAUUUGAAAAUACAUGUUAUAUUUUGAAUGAUAGUGGAGAGCUGAUCAUAUGUUUUAAUCAAUGUAUUUCCAAAUGACGUGACCUCAGUCCUUGCCUACUGAAGUUGCCCCAGUGAGGGCCUGUACAGUAUCAGACAGCUGUAGCAAUAACGCAGUGAGGCGUAGAUUUGUUAGUUCAUGGCUGUUGUUGCUUCAAAGAGAACAGUUGUCUGCUUAAUGCAGAAAGGGGAAAAAACAACCAAAGCGUAUGUGGAGAGUGUACUGUAGACUAAAAAAACCCUCUUCAUUUGCCUUCCCUAAAUCGGAGGGUUCUAAUGUAAACCCCCUCACAUCGUUUCUUUCAUUUCAUCUCACCCAACCCUUAAUUAACUAUGGAGUGAUUUUUAGCUUUAAUUUUCAUGCUUUUAUUUUCUGUUCUAAUUUCUACCUUCUCACAGGUGCCAUUAUUCUUAUGUUGGUGUUUUCAUACUGUUUUUAUGCAUAAUGAGCUUGAAUUGUGUGCAUGUGUGGCACACGUUUCCUUCUCAUUCCAUGCUGCUCAGUUUUGAGGCAGAAGUAAACUAAUGAAGAUGGAGAGAUUUGUCUUGCCUUGUCUAACUGAACCCUGCUUCUCCUUGGACUGUGACUCACGGCUUUGUGGUGAGAUGGCGGUGAUAAUAAUAAUCUGUACGAUGAUGAAAGUUAUGAGACGCAUCACAACAGCGGCCUGGUACAGGAGGUCAAAGGUGAUUGACCUGCCUUGACUACUGCUCUUACUCCCCAAAUACGCGUAGGUGUAUUCAGGUGUAACUGCGGAUUCAACUGAGGUUCCUUUUCUUUUUUUUUUUAUUGUGUAUUUUCUCCCUUAAUUUAUACUUGUAUAACAUGAUCUUUAAACAACAAAGACACAAUAAUGAAAAAAAUAAGAUAAUAAAGUUGUUAUUGUUGACACUGGAAA